AUGAACGCUUGGGAGAGAUCGCAGCGCGAAGAAGACCGACAACACCAUCAACACCGGAGAAAAACGCCCUCGUUUUCUUCGUCUCUCCUCGACGCCAUUUACCGCUCCAUCGACGACUCCAAAUGCGAAGAAGAACAAGAAGCCGGCGAAGAGGCGGUUCUCUACAGAGACACAACCGCCACCAGGACGAAGAAACAGAGGAGUAGUAACAAUGCUAACUUAGUCAAGCGAAACAAUGCUCUUCUUGACGACGAGGAAAGUCUCCGGCGAGCUAUCAUGAUCGAGAAAUGGAUGGAGAGUGAGAAUCGAACUCGAACUCGAACUGAAGUUACUCGAGGUUCUAGAAUGUACAAUUCGACUUCGAGCUCCUCCGAUUCUAGCUGCGGAGGCGUGUUUUCGUCUUCCGAAACAGAGUCCGGUUACAGAGAACGAUCCAAAUCGGCGAGUUUUACAGUGCAGAGGCCAAAACAAGUUCGGAGCUGUGGUGGUGGUGGUGGUUGUGGUGGUUCGGUUAGGUCGGAGUUCGAGCAAACGCCGAAGCGCGAAGGGAGGCUUACGAGGACGAAAUCGAAAGCUCUGAAGAUCUACGGCGAUCUGAAGAAGGUGAAGCAGCCGAUCUCUCCAGGCCGUCGGAUCACGAAUUUCCUCAACUCGAUCUUCAAUUCGAGGAAUGUGAAGAAUGCUGCGAAGCGUGAAGCAGCGAUGAUGAUGGAGGAUUCGAGUUCAGUGCGGAGAUCAAGGUCGGUGAAGGAUACGACGACUUGUUCGUUGUCUUCUUCGUUUUCAAGAUCAUCUUGUUUGAGCAAACCUCCUUCUUCAAGAUCCAAAUCGAAGAGGUCUGUUAGAUUCUACCCUGUCACAGUCAUCGUCGACGAAGAUUCUCGUCCUUGCGGACACAAAUGCAUCUACGGAGACGAUCCGAGUCUCAUGCCAACACCAGUUCUUGGAAAAAUCUCCGAGACUACAACGAUGAAGAACAAAAAUGCAUAUAAAUUGAGAGAUUUUCAGGAUGAUAUUGAUGAUGAGGAGGAGGAAGAUGAAGAUGACUGUAUGAGUUGUGCGAGCUCUGAUCUGUUUGAGCUGGACAACAUUGGUGCGAUUGGGGUUGGAGCGUACAGAGAAGAGCUUCCGGUGUACGGAACGACGAGUCUGAAAACACAUCAUCAUCAUCUCGCCAUUGCCAAGGGUUUAAUUCGCUAG